UGCUUGACUGCUGAGGAAAUUUUUUCUUUGCAUGGGAUACCGAACAACAGUCACGUAUCAAAUUCAAGCUUCUCUACAAUAUGUCCUGCUGUUUUGCAACAGCUAAUUUUUCACCCGUGCGAUCAUCAGGAAAAUUUUGUGGAUACGUCUAAACCACGUUCUUUACAAGUUUGGGGAUUUGGGUUCCUGGCUGUGACUAUCAUUAACUUGGCAUCACUUCUGGGAUUGAUUUUAACUCCCCUCUUAAAGAAGUCGUAUUUUCCCAAGGUUUUAACCUACUUUGUGGGCUUGGCCAUUGGUACUCUCUUUUCUAAUGCAAUUUUCCAGCUCAUUCCAGAGGCAUUUGGGUUUGACCCCAAAGUAGAUAACUAUAUUGAGAAAGCCGUUGCUGUGUUUGGUGGAUUCUAUAUUCUCUUCUUUGUGGAAAGGAUUCUUAAAGUGAUAUUGAAGAUCUAUAACCAGACUGGCCAUAAUUACUCUGAAAAUGGCGAACAUAAGGAUAAGACUAACCCACCCAAACCACUGUCAUCCAGCAAUGGGGGGACGUGUUAUGCAAAUGCAGCCGUCAUAGAGAGCAAUGGAAAUCUUGGCUUUGACAGCAUCAGUGUGGUCUCAGCACAGGAAGAAGCCACCCAAAGCAACUUGUGCAAGUGUCUUAACGGGCCUCCGCUGUCAAAGAUUGGGACCAUUGCUUGGAUGGUAACACUGAGUGAUGCCGUACAUAAUUUCAUAGAUGGUUUGGCUAUUGGUGCUUCUUUCACUUUGUCUCUGCUUCAAGGGCUUAGUACCUCCAUAGCCAUCUUGUGUGAAGAGUUUCCUCAUGAACUGGGGGAUUUUGUCAUCUUGCUUAAUGCAGGAAUGAGUACUCGUCAAGCUCUGUUUUUCAACUUUCUGUCUGCAUGUUCCUGUUACAUUGGGAUGGCUUUUGGUAUAUUACUAGGCAACAACUUUGCUCCUAAUAUCAUCUUUGCCGUAGCUGGUGGAAUGUUCCUGUACAUAUCUCUGGCAGACAUGUUCCCAGAGAUGAAUGAUAUGAUGCAAGAGAAAGUGACAGGAAGAAAGAUGGAUCUCACAUUCUUCCUUAUUCAGAAUGCUGGUUUACUAACGGGGUUUACUGCUAUACUGUUGAUUACCUUGUAUGCAGGAAAUAUUCAGCUGUGA